AUGCGCUUCAUGCAGAUGGCGCUGGUCACGACGGUGCUCUUCUCCCUGGCUUACAUGUACCAGUUCGUGAGCGUCAGCGUCUCGCUGCGCUCCGUGGGCGACUCGGAGUCCGAGGACGGCGUUGGCAUCGUGCGCAACCGCGUGCUGGGCCACUCGGUGCUGCACCUGCAGGGCUUCGAGGCCGGCCACAAGUUCGUGAGCGAGUACGACGUGGAGACGCAGGGCCCGCUCUACAUCCUGUUCAUGAGCGACGCCGACGAGAGCGGCAAGUACUGGUGCCCGGACUGCGAGCGCGCCAAGAAGCCCGUGAUGGACGCCUUCAACCGCGCCCCCCGCGGCUCCAGACUCGUGGAGAUCCGCGUGGGUCCGCAGCCCUACUGGGCCGACUACAUGAACGAGUUCCGCCAGAACCAGCUCUUCUACCUGGACCACAUCCCCACGCUCAUGCGCUACGAAGGGGGCGGCAACUCGUCCACGAUGCUCACCGAGUCCUUCUGCACGGACCCGUCCCUGCUGGACUACGUGUUCCGCGUCAACAAGCCGCUGGCGGGCGCGCCCAACAAGAACAAGGUGCUGACCAUGCACCUGCCCGGAGAGCUGAGCGACUACCUGGGCACGUACGAUAACUCGUACCCGCUGUUCCUCUUCUUCGUCUCGGGCUACCACGCGUUCAACGGCCGCCUCUGGUGCCCGUACUGCGACCGCGCGGACGUGGCGGUGAUGCACUACUUCAACUACACAGCGCCCGACAACGCCGUCAUGGUGCGGGUCGUGGUCGCGGACACGUACAAGAAGUGGAAGAAGAAAAAUAACCCGUUCAAGCUGCCCGACUUCCAGGAGAAGGUGGCGCCUGUGCGGGGCGUGCCCUAUCUGGGCUUCGUCAAGAAGGACGUGCCGGCCAACAAGAUCCACGUGCACCAGUUCAUGCCCGACUACCCGGAGACCGGCAAGCUGCAGACCUUCUUCAAGAACGCGCCUCGCACAGCACGACCCAAGUAG